AUGUCCGAACUCGUCGGGAGCCGCGCGCUCGCGGACGGCGACGUCACGGACAGCGCGCGGAGCUCCGCGAGCUACGAGUUCGCGACGCGCAUCAUCGAGUCGAACCUCGUGCAUCUUUGCGAUCCCGGCGUGGAGGUCACGAACAAGCCGCACGAGCGAUGCACGGUCGUGAGAGGUGCGUCGUGUCCGAAAGCGCGGUUGAACUGA